AUGAAGACUCCCAAUAUCAUCUUCACGCUCACGCUCCUCACAACACUCAGCUUAACCACCGCCCAAGAUGCACCACCUGCACCACCCACAGCGCCAACACCAUCCCACUACUUCCCUAAACAUAUCAAACGAGCGGUCACCGACUUUAUUAACAACUCGAUUCUCGCAGACCCCAAUGAGCCUCCAGCCCCACCCGUCCCUUCUUCAACAACAACAGCAUCCUCUGCAGCUAGCACCGACCUCAGCGCAUUCCUCUCGUCGCUCUUUCCGUCCUCAGCCCUACCCGCCCCGCCCCCAAGCUCCGAUGCUACAACUACCGCCAGUGUGUCGACCCCAGAGUCUACCGCUCCUUCGACCACCACCGCUUCGUCAAGUGGAAUUCUUAACAUUGUUGACGGCGUAGUUGAGGCGCCAAGCUCGAUUGUUUCGGAGGUAACCUCAGGAGUUGUUGCGCCGGUUGUUUCUCAGGUUACUUCGGCGGUUGUUUCGCCGGUCGUUUCUGAAGUUAGCGCGGUGGUUUCGGGGGCUACGAGCGUUGUAUCGGAGGUCGGUUCUAAGGCGACUUCUGCAGUGUCGGAGGUUACUUCAAAGGUGGAAGAUGUGGUUUCUCAGGUCACUUCUGUGGCGCAAUCGGCAGUUUCGGACGCCACUUCAGUUGUCCAAUCAGUAGUCACCGAUGUCACAUCUGCUGCUGGCGGUGCUACUUCUGUGGUUGAUUCUAUAGUCGCUGGAGUUACUUCUGUUGCAUCCAGCGCAGUUGCGGAUGUCACUUCUGUGGUUGAUACUGUGGUUUCAGGCGUUACCUCUGCAGCUGGCUCUGUUGCCUCCAGUGCGGUAUCAGAUGCCACCUCUGUGGUCGGCUCUGUGGCCUCCGAAGUUACUUCUGCGGCCGGCUCUGUGGCUUCCAGUGUGGUAUCAGAUGCAACUUCUGCGGUCGGCUCUGUAGCUUCUGGAGUUACCUCUGCGGUCGGCUCUGUUGCCUCCAGUGCGGUAUCGGAUGUAACUUCUGCAGUCGGCUCUGUAGCCUCCGGUGUUACUUCCGCGGCCGGCUCUGCCGCUUCCAAUGUGGUAUCAGAUGUAACCUCUGCAGUCGGCUCUGUAGCCUCCGAUGUUACUUCUGCCGUUAGCUCUGUUGCUUCUGAAGCGGCCUCCAAAGUAGACUCUGUAGUAUCUGAUGCCACGUCUGUUGCCAGUGCUGUUGUCUCAGGAGCGACUUCUGUAGUUGGUGAUGUUACUUCUGCCGUCGACUCUGCUGCAUCAGGUCUCACUUCUGGUGUUGCAAGUAUCACUUCCGUUGCUGGGUCUGCGGUCUCAGUUAUUGCAUCUGAUGCCACGUCUGUUGCCAGCGCUGUUGUUUCAGGAGCAACUUCUGUUGUCGGCGAUGUUACUUCUACAAUUGGUUCUGCUGCUUCGGGCGUAACUUCUGGUGUUGCAGCAAUUACCUCUGGUGCUGGGUCUGCGGUCUCGUCUAUCGCGUCUGAUGCCACCGCAGUUGUUAGUAGCGCACUCUCGGAAGUGACUUCUGCUGCCGGUGCUGUAACUUCGGGGGCAUCUUCUCUCAUCAGCGAUGUUACUUCCGCUGCCAACGGUGUAGCCUCAGGUGUUUCUACGGCUGUUGGUUCCGCAGUCUCUGGUGUUUCUUCUAUUGUCAGUGAUGUUACUUCUGCCGCUGGCUCUGCUGCUUCAGGUGUAAGUUCAGGUAUUGCAGCAAUCACUUCUGGUGCUGGGUCUGCGGUCUCGUCUAUCGAAUCUGGUGCCACCGCCGUUGUCAGUAGUGCACUCUCGGAAGUGACUUCUGCUGCCGGUGCUGUAACUUCGGGAGCAUCUUCUCUUGUAAGUGAUGUUACUUCUGUUGCCAACAGCAUGGCUUCAGGUGUUACUUCAGCUGUUGGUUCCGCGGCUUCAGGCGUUUCUUCGGCCGUCUCAGGAGUCACUUCAGCCGUCGACUCUGUCGCUUCUGGCGUUUCCUCAGUCGCCUCAGGUGCCACUUCAGCUCUCAAUUCAGGUGUAUCUGGUGUUACGUCAGUUGCCAGCGGGAUUGUCUCAGAGGCCACUUCUGUUGUAGCCGGUGUCUCUUCUGUUGCCAGCAAUGUGGUUUCUUCGGCUGUCUCCCAGGUUACCGAUAUCGCAAACUCAACCUUGCCCGACACAUCAAAUGUCCAAAGCAUUUUACCUACCUCAGUCAUUCAAAGCGUUCUCCCAUCUAACCUACCAAGUAACUUGAAUGAUACUCUUGCUCCUGUGAUAUCGAUCAUUGACGUGUCCUCAGUAGCUUCAAGUGUAUUGCCUAUUCAUACCUCGGAUUAUGCUAUUAAUGUCACUGCCCCAACUAUCGAUAUUUCGAGCCUGCUCUCAAGCGCCACCAACCUCCCAUCUAUCACUAGCGAUAUCCCACUUCCCAUCCAGACCAAUGGAACCAUUAUUGCGACUUCACUCACUUCUUUACUCUCUGUGCUUCCUACUGGGAUCUUGACGGACGGCGGCAACGGCAGUGUUAUUGCUACUCCAACAAUCACGACCAUGGAUCCAUCAUCAAUGUUGUCUAGUAUUUUAGGACCUGCACCCACCACCAAUGGAACAGAGUCGGUUCCUACUUCGCUGCCACAUGAUUCUACUACUUUGUUCCCACCGCCUGUCAAUGGCACUUCAACAGCGGAUCCUUCCUCGGGUACUCUUUCGACAUCUACUGGGGCAUCUUCUCAUACAUCCACUGGCACAGUAUCGACCACGUUCGCGACGUCAACCACCGAACCCACUAGCAAGAUCACCUCUGUCCCGGCCGCCGGUAAUACGACCUCCUCGGCCCCGGAGACAUCAACUGUAACCACCGAGCUCCCCAGUACGACUUUGACCACAAAGCCCACGACCACAUCUACCACCCAAUGGUUCUCUUCUGCGCUUACAAUAGCACCCGACACCACUUCGACCACUACUGCAACUGCAACAGGUGAUGAAACCACCACUACGACCACAUCAAUUCAGACCGGUAUCCCAUCAAACCUCCCCAAGGUAAUCACUCCAGCCGGUGGCAUGCCUACACCGCCCGAUAACUAUACCCUUGUCCGCCUUGGUUUCCUACACGCCCUUAACUACCCCUUUGUCGUCGAAAACCCAGUAGCUGUCGCUCAAAUCUUCGAAUAUCUCCCUCACGGUCUCUGUUACGGGCUCCAGAUCGACUCCUCAGAUGUGAUUAUGCAUACUCUCCAGCCCUAUGACACCACCAAGACCCGCGGCUACGUCACAACACUCGCAUUUGCUUACGUCCCCAAAGAUCUUGUCAACAAGCUCGAUCUAGACCGUCACACGCCCGCCGCACGCCUCUUCAAGAACCCAGACGCCCCUGUCUCUCAGAUGAUAGACCUUCUCGACCCAUCAAUUCCAUUGCUCGCAUCAAUCGACGAUCAGACUGGUGACGGCAACGGCGCCGUCGGAACAGGUGGAACCUGGGGGGACGGAAGCAAUGGAGACGGAUCCUCCGACAAUGGGGAUGCCGCGCCUAUGGGAAGUACAUCCUCUAACACAACCGUAUCCGGCAAGACCAUUGGUUUGAGUGUCGGUAUUGUUGCGGGCGCUGCAGCGUAUGGUGCGGCGAUGUUCUUGGUGGCUAGGAGGUACAGGCAGAGAAGGGCUGGACGACACGGAAGAAGCAACUCCAUUAACAGGAGUGUUUCGCCUGGGAGCAACCCGGCGAGUGGAUUGAUGGCUAGUGGGGGCGCGGUUAUGCACGGUGCGGCGAGAUUCGAUCACAGGGGAAGUAGGGGAAGUGGGGGAAGGGCCAGUGCUAGGACAGCGCAAAUCUCGGCGCCGAUGAUGGCAGAGAAUUCGCUGGGUUGGAAUUAA